GGGGAAUACACGGCACGAGUCAGCAAGUUUGUGAUCAUUGCAGGGAAUAAAACACGCGACAACAGAUGGCAGAUAUCAACAUUUGAUGAUCGUUUGAUCCAUUCCUCUUCAAAAUCAUUGCAGACGAUCAGAAGAGAUGCCACGCUCUUUUUUGAUAAAGAAGAAACCCUUCUCCAAUAAGAUUGGAGUGAUGAUCACGCAUUGCGAUAGUGCCGCAAAUAGCGGUGGGCUAAAUUUAAUUCAUUCGCAAAGUGAAGAAAUUCCUUCCUCAUUAGGCAAUCCAAAACUAAUGGAAAGUCAAAUGGAAGAUUACAGAAAUAUCUCUCUGCAGCAAAGAUUAAAUCCAUUAUGUCAUGAAGAAGACAUAAAACAUUUCUUAAGAAUGCCAUUUUUCUUUUUUCCUUACCAACACACUUCUUUUACAAAUCCAUUACUGCCCUACUGGAGAAAUCAACAUUUGCAAUCCGCUGGCUCACUGGAACAAUACCUUUUAGCAACCACGACGGCGCAGAAAGAAGCAAGCCAUUACAAAAACCUUAUAUGGAGGCCUACAGAUUUUGAUUUGGAUAAAAACAAUGAAACAGUUCCACUUUACAAUUUAAAAUGUGACCGCUGUGGUGAAAUAAGCAGCAAACGAUUUUCUAUUUCGAAUAGAAUGUGCACACAAUGCAUCGUGGAAUCUAGUCCUAUCGAAAAAUCUCUGAAAAGGCCUGCUGUGAAUAAUUCGUCUCUUGAAAUCAAAAGACGACAUAUGUUAGACAGAACGCCUCCUCCUCUGAGAAAAAUGGAAUUAAAUAAAAUCAAAAAUGCGUCUAGCACGAAAACGACUUCAACUUUAAAGCCGCUGUUGCCAAUAAAUCAAAUAGUAAAACAGGUGACGAAUGUGGAUAAUAUUGAAAAUAAGUCAAAACAAUUAUUUCCUCAGAAGCUGGAGAAUGACGGCGGACAAAAAAGAAACGAACAUCCACCUUCAGUGGGUUCCAAGAUAUUCACUUGUAAGCAGUGUGGAAAGUCCUUCAAGCGAUCCUCUACGCUGUCAACCCAUCUUCUGAUCCACCUGAACAUUAGGCCCUACCCCUGCACCUACUGCGGGAAGAGUUUCCACCAAAAGUCAGACAUGAAAAAGCACACCUACAUACACACAGGUGAAAAACCACAUAAGUGUGAAGUUUGUGGCAAAGCUUUCAGUCAAUCUUCGAACCUCAUCACUCACAGUCGUAAACAUUCUGGAUUCAAGCCUUUCCCCUGCGGUGUCUGCAGUAGAACAUUCCAGAGGAAAAUCGACCUCCUACGACACAUGGAUUCUAAACACUAUUCUAUGACCUAUUUAGAUGCCUCUACUAGUCUGUAAAUAUUUAUACACUAUAUUCUAUGUAAAAAAUAAAUUUAUCUGCACAUAA